GGACGCCUUGGAUGGGGUGGUUGUUGGCUUUCCACUGACUGAGAAAGUCAUCAUUGGAGGCGACUUCAAUGGCCAUAUUGGAGACUCGGCCGAGGGCUUCGAGGACGUGCACGGUGGUUUUGGCUAUGGCAGCAGGAACCCAGCGGGAGUUUCACUCUUGGAGUUUGCCAGAGCAAGUGAUAUGGUGGUUGCUAACUCUUGUUUCCCAAAACGAGACGUUCAUUUGGCUACAUUUGUUAGUGGAGUGGGGACGACUCAGAACGACUAUCUUCUCCUGCGCAGGUGUGAUCGGGUGCUCUGCAAGGAUGCUAAAGUAGUCCCGAGUGAAAACAUCACUACCCAACACAAGCUUCUGGUGAUGGAUGUCAUGAUUAGAUGGGUGAAACAUAGGAGAGCUUCGAGUGGCAACACACAAAUCCGGUGGAGGAGACUAAGUGGGGAAAAUAUCUCUGAGUUGAUCAGGCGAGUGCAGGAGAAAGGUGCGUGGGAAUCGGACGAAGAGGCUACAGAUAUGUGGACGCGGACUGCUAACUGCAUCAGGGAAACAGCCAGGGAAGUGUUAGGUGUGAGCUCUGGCUCUGGGAGUAGGCAUCAGGGUGAUUGGUGGUGGAGCGAUUCAGUCCGAAGUAAGGUGGAAGCUAAGAAGGUGGCAUAUUUGAGGUACAUGGGCUGCAAUGUUGAGGAAGAAAGAACGGCAUUACGAGUGGAGUACAAGAAGACAUGUAAAGAAGCCAAGUUAGAGGUUACGAGGGCAAAGAAUGCCGCUUUUGAACGCCUCUACAAGGAUAUUGAGGAGAAAGGCGGUGUUAAUACACUGUUCCGGCUUGCUAAGGUGCGUGAGAGGAAGGCCCGAGAUCUGGACCACGUGAGAUGUGUGAAGGGGAGCGAUGGUAGAGUGUUAGUUGAGACUGCCAAAGUGGCUAAGCGCUGGGGGGAGUACUUUUGUGAACUCUUAAAUGCGGGAGGAGACCAGAGGCUAGUUCUUGAUGAGCUGGGGCAGUCCGGGGCGUCUCGGGUAGGCAUGGCGCCGGUGGAAGAUAAGUUGCGGGAAGCGAGGUUGAGAUGGUUUGGGCAAGUGAGACGUCGGGAUGCUGAUGCCCCUGUACGGAGGUGCGAGAGGAUCACGGUUAUCGGGGGAAGUAGGGGAAGGGGUAGACCUAGGAAGAAUUGGAAGGAGGUGAUUAGGCAGGAUUUAGGACUUCUCACCCUGACUGAGGAUAUGGCUUUAGAUAGGAACCUUUGGCGGACUAGGAUUAAAGUAGCUGAGAGCGUGAAAUCAGAAGGGGAUGAGCUAAUAUUUUAUCCGAAAAUGCCCAGGGAGCGAGAGAAAGGAGAGUUCGAGGAUGAUGGAGGUGGUUCCGACACUAAGUCUUGAACCCUAGCCGUCACCCCAAUUCUAACAUCCAUCGUCUUGUUAAUUUAACGCCGGUGGUACAGCGAUGCCGGCCAACAGCGAAGCAGAAACCACUCCCGCUGACACCUUUGUUUUCGAUAUGUAUUUUGGAUGUAUUAAGUCCCGCACUCCAGCCGACUUCAGAUGAGGAUUGCAUUACCAUCGGUG